AAAAAUCAAAAGAAUAAUAGAAUGCACCAACAGAAAUGUUUUAAUAACAAUUUUUAGCCACGAGUCGCAAGUGAGCGCGAGUUCCGUUCUUUUUGUUCAUAUCUGGAAUAUAAAUUAAGCAAACAAUUUAACCGGCUGGCCACGACGGGAGAUCGCAUUGAACCAUUCGCAGUGGCGGCUCGUCAGAGUUUUGGAUGGACAGCUAAUGCUGUGUGCGCUAGCGCCUGGAAACGUUGAGGGCAGCUACGUUUUGAGAAUACAAUGAAGGUUUCUGAUUUCAACAGGGCCGUUUGUCAAAGUCACGUCAUCCCGUGCAAAGGAUGAGGCGUUUACAAGUUAAUAAUGCAUCAUUAGCAUCAGCAUCAGCAUCGGCAGCGGCAGCRGCAUCAGCAAUCGCGGCCCACUCAGCCCAAUCGAACUAUAGCCCGGCCAUCAGCCUGAGCCACAGUCGGAAGCGGAGUCCGUGGAGUCUGAGAUGCUUUUGGCUGUUCGCCGUUUUCACAGUUAUUCAAUUUCAUGUACACUUCGUGCUGGGUACAGCAGCAACAGCAGCAGCAACUGCAUCGAUAUCAACUGCUGCUGUUAGCAAGCCGAACGACAGCAGCUCGGAGAAUAAUUUCUAUUUUGAUGAGAGUAUUACGAGCAGAGCGCUAUCCCUCAUUGCCGCUGACACAGCAGCGCCGCAGCUCCUUGACGUCUCCUCGAUGCCCGGCGAGACGCAGCCAGCGGCCACAGCAACAGCAACAGCAACAACAACAGCAACUCGUACAACAAGAGCUCGGACAACAGCUCACAGCCAAGCUGGCCUCCUGGCCUUCAGCACGGCUCGACUGCCUGGCCUGAGUGGCAAUAGCAGCACGGCCCGGACUCAAGAUCCCUUGGCUGCUUCAGCGGCGACCACCAAGAGCGCACGCAGCGCCACCGUGAAGCAGCCCAUCGAUGUGGCACGCUCCCGAAACCACUGGACAGCCGGCGGCGGUGGCGUUGGGGGUGGAUUCACAGAUGCGGAACGUUCGCGCACGUUUCGCAGCAAGUAUCAUCAUGAGAACCACUAUGGACCCUUCUUCGAGGAGCCGUCGAAUCUAGUGGAUCCCGGCAAAACGCUCGUCGCCGCCGUGCAUCUAUUCACGGAAGCCGUGCUCAAUUGUCGCGUCGGCAUGCUGAAGGACAAGACGGUGAUGUGGGUUAGGCGCACCACUGAGAAGGUCUCACUGCUCACCGUUGGCAAUGUCACAUAUAGCGGUGAUCCACGUAUACGAGUCAAAUUUCAAUAUCCGAACAACUGGCGUCUGAUGAUCAAUCCAACCCAGAGGGAAGACGCUGGCAUCUACAUGUGCCAGGUUUCAACACAUCCGCCGCGCGUCUUUACCACAAAUCUCACCAUUUUGGAGCCACCGCUAAGGAUUAUUGACGAACACGAACGGGAUGUGGGCGACAGAUACUACAAGUCCGGCAGCACCGUCGAUCUCCAGUGCCAGAUCUCACGCAACUUCUAUCAAAAGGAACGUCUGGCCAUACUCAAGUCAACGGAGCUGGGCAGCUCGGCUAGCAAGCAACUGAAUGAUACGGCUAGCGAAAUGAAUCUAAUCGGCGAUGCGAACCAUACUCACAAUACAUACUCCAGCCAGGAGCUGGAGAAAUAUUUUACUCAUUUCAUUACCUGGGCCAAGGACGACGAACCGCUCCAAGCACUGACCAAUAGGCGUUCUAGCGUGUCCGACAAAUGGCUCAAUAGUCGAAUUUCUAUAUCCGAUGCGAAGCUCUCAGAUAGUGGAAAUUAUUCCUGUUCCCUUGGUCGACUCUUCACUGUAAUUGUACAGGUCCAAGUACUCACGGGUGAAUUGCCUGCUGCAGUUCAGCACAAUUUGGCACGAAGAUCCGGGAGUUGCCUGUCCCUCUCAUGGAGUCUCUUCAUUAUUGUUAUUUGUUUUUACAUACUCAAGAGCCAUUCAUCACAAUUUCAUAGUAUUAAAGCGACGAAUGAAUGAAUGAAUGAAUGAAUGUCUGACGUAAAGGAAUUGUACUUAGCAUUCGAUCAUUCAUCUAUAUAAUAAUAUAUGGUAUUUCUGACUAAAUAACAGAACAUAGAAUAUUUCUGAGAAACAAAACAAAAUGAAUUCCAUAUGUGUACGUAUAUGCUUCACGCUGUGUAACUGCUAAAAACUGAAAUAUUUGUCCAAAAA